GAAAGUAACUCCAGGACGAGACCGAAGCGACCCGCGCAGCAAGCACAGGCAGCAAGGCUGAGCCGGGUGCCCAAGACCCGGCGGCUGUGGGGGGCGGGGGCUGCGCCUGAGCCCGAUCCGCCGCUCCGGCUCCGAGCAGUGUGGUCUCGGGAAAAGGUUGUUGCCCAGCACCAAUGCGUUUGUCGGAGGGAACACUGGAGGUUCGUGUCAAGGCGUAAAGCCUGGGGCUUCCAAUGAUACUCUGGGCAGUGAUGGAAGCCUAGAUGCCUCACCGCAAGGAGCGGCCGAGCGGGUCCUCGCUUCACGCACACAGCAGUGCCGGCACCCCGGAGGGAGGAAGCAUGUCCCGGUUGUCUCUCACCCGGUCGCCUGUGUCUCCCCUGGCUGCCCAGGGGAUUCCCCUGCCAGCCCAGCUCACCAAGUCCAACGCGCCUGUGCACAUUGAUGUGGGUGGCCACAUGUAUACCAGCAGCCUGGCCACGCUUACCAAGUACCCCGACUCCAGAAUAAGCCGCCUUUUCAAUGGCACCGAACCCAUCGUCCUGGACAGUUUGAAGCAACAUUAUUUCAUCGACCGGGAUGGGGAGAUCUUCCGCUAUGUGCUGAGCUUCCUGCGGACGUCAAAACUGCUGCUCCCGGACGACUUCAAGGACUUUAGUCUGCUGUACGAGGAGGCACGGUACUAUCAGCUGCAGCCCAUGGUGCGGGAGCUGGAGCGCUGGCAGCAGGAGCAAGAGCAGCGGCGCCGAAGCCGGGCCUGUGACUGCCUGGUGGUGCGGGUGACACCGGACCUGGGUGAACGAAUUGCACUCAGCGGUGAGAAGGCCCUCAUCGAGGAGGUCUUCCCCGAGACUGGGGAUGUCAUGUGCAACUCUGUCAAUGCCGGCUGGAACCAAGACCCUACACACGUCAUUCGCUUCCCACUCAAUGGCUACUGCCGGCUCAAUUCGGUGCAGGUCCUGGAGAGACUAUUCCAGAAGGGGUUCAGCAUGGCUGCCUCCUGUGGGGGUGGUGUGGACUCUUCCCAGUUCAGCGAGUAUGUGCUGUGCCGGGAGGAGCGGCGGCUGCAGCCCCCUCCCACUGCCAUCCGGAUAAAGCAGGAGCCCUUGGACUAG